AUGUGUGGUUUCUGUAGUUACUUUCAUUUUGAUAUCUCGGAUAACGAGUUUCCCAACCUUGAUCUCGAUACCGCCUUGCAAUACAUCCAUCAUCGUGGUCCUGAUUCCCGAGGCAAGUACAUUUCUCCUAGUGGACGCUGUGGCCUUGGCCAUGUCCGUCUCUCUAUCAUCGAUUUAAACGGUGGUCAACAACCUCUCAGUAACGCCUCUGCUUCUGUUCAAUGUGUUGUGAACGGUGAGUUGUAUGAUUUUGAGCGUAUCAGAGAAGAAUUGGAAGCCAAAAGACACACGUUCAGCACCAAGAGCGAUAGUGAGAUUGCGCUUCAUCUUUACGAGGAAUACGGCAUGGGCUUCCUCGAACAUCUUCGUGGUGAAUUUGCCAUCAACAUUUUCGAUGCUAAGAAAAACCGUUUCAUUGCUGCUCGUGAUCGCUUCGGUAUCAAACCUCUUUACUACACAGUUUACAACGGUACUUUGCUUGUGGGUAGUGAAAUCAAGUCGUUUCUGCCUAUGGGAUGGAAGCCUGAAUGGGAUAUCGACUCCAUCAUGCAUAAUGGUCCUGUCAAUGACAUGAGAACUUGCUUCAAAGGUGUCUACAAGCUGCCCCCUGCUCACUAUCUGAUUGCUACUUCUUCUGGAUCCAUGGAAAUUCAGCCUUACUGGGACGCUGAUUAUCCUGACAAGAACGUCAAGGAAACUCGUACUGUAGAAGAGAUGGUUCAAGGUGUUCAUGACCAUUUAAAGGACGCCAUCAGAACCCGAUUGAGAGCCGAUGUCCCUCUUGGUGUUUAUCUUAGUGGUGGCAUUGAUAGUUCCUGUAUUGCUGGUAUUGCAUCCUCUAUUUUGAGAGAGAGCAAUCCUGACGCCAAGCUGAAAGCCUUCUGCAUCAGUUUCGCUGGAAGUGACAUUUACGAUGAAUCUGCCAUUGCUGAAAGAACAGCUGCAUUCUGUGGCGCUGACUUUAAGAAAUUGUCGCUUACUGAAGAUGAUAUGUUGAACAACUUUGAGGAAUCUGUUUGGCACGUAGAGCAACCUCACAACAACUUGAACGCCAUUGGUAAGUUCCUCUUGUCUGAAUUCGUGCGUGAUCAAGGCUACAAGGUUGUCAUGACCGGUGAGGGCUCUGAUGAGCAUUUCGGUGGCUAUGCUUUCUUCCACGCUGAUUAUUUGCGUGAAACUGAUAAUGCCUCUCCUGAUGGGUUUGGCACACUUCCCAACGAUCAACGUGAAGCUAGACUCAAGCACUUUGGCGGUCAGGAAGAAUUCAACAAAUAUGGUAAGGAUAUAUUUGCAGGCCACAACAGUGCAGAUAUUAUGACCCGUAAGCUUCUCAAUAAUAUCAACACGCAUACUAUGCUGGGCAAGGCCCUCACUCUGGAAGACAAAUGCUAUCACGAUGCUGCUCUCGCUCAAGUAGGCAGACCCAACCCUGCUCUUGCCAUGGCUGAAAGUCUUAGCGGUAUGGCUCGCUACAAGGCCAACAACAAAUGGCAUCCUCUUCAUACUGCCAUGUAUGUUGAAAACCACACUUUCCUCCCCAACCAUCUCUGUAACUCGCUUGGUGAUCGUAGCGAAAUGGCUCACUCGGUUGAAGCACGCACUCCCUUUUUGGAUCACCAUCUCUGUGAAUAUGUCAACGGUCUUCCUCCCUCGCUCAAGAUCAAGUGCAAUGACGAUGGCACCUUGAAUGAAAAGUGGGUUCUCAAAGAAGCUGUCAAACCUUACAUUACUGAAGAAAUGUAUAAGCGCACCAAACAUCCUUUCCUCGCUCCUCCUUCUGAAGGACGCAAUCCUGUAGUGGUCAAUCUUCUCGACAAGCUUAUCACCAAGGAAACCCUUGAAAGGCUUGGCUGGGUCAACAUUGAAAAGCUCCUCGAGGGCAAGGCUGCUUAUUUGGAAACUGGAGACCUCUUCCUCUUUAGAGAUAUGAUGAUCAUGAUGUCCUAUGUCACUCUUUCACAACGUUUCAAUGUUGCUACUUGGGGUAAUACCAAGAAUGAUUUGGCAGACAUUGUUACUCGUUAA